AGUAGAUCGAUAGUCCGUACUUCAAUAACUGGAACGAGCAAAACUUGGACGUAACCUAAAGUUCUUCAAUUAUUGGUUCUGUGUUCAUACCUUGGAUUUUCUGGAUAUUUUGGGUCCAAAUUCCUGGUCUUAUUGGUCGAUUUCGUUUGGAUUAAUUCAGAUUUGUUUUGGUAAUUGAUUAUUUGGAACAACAAAUACGAUGGAAACACGGAGCAAAAGGCUGAAGGAAAAUGACGAAUUGGAUGGUAAAACUUCCAAAGCUGUUUGUGGUAUGUCUGAUGUUAAUGAUGAUAAAUGUGAUGAUGUUAGUCUUAAUAGUAUGUCCUCUAGCCAGCUAAGUACUUCUAGAUUAAAAUUAGAUAAAGCAUUACUGAGAAAAAGGAAUUUAGAGAAGAGACUUGAAUUAGAGCGGCAACUUAAGAUGUUAGAUCUACAAGAAGAGGUUGAUAUCGCUGAACUAGAAUGCAAGGCCAUCGAGGACGAUGAACGAUUACCCGUAGAUAAAUGUGGGAUAAAUGCUAAAGUGGAAAAUUAUUUGGAUUGUGAUACUGGGUGUAAUAAUCACUCAGGGGAGGUAUGUAACAUCUCAAAUGUCGAUUGGGUUGGGGAGCUGAAGGACACGUUACAUACAAUGGUUAGUAACAUGGUUUUACCUAAGAUCGAUAUGAUGUACUUUGAUGGGCAGCCGGGUCAGUAUUACCGUUUCAUUAGUCAGUUUAAUAGCCUUAUAGAGAGUAAACUGUCAGAUAAGGGCCAAUUGUUGUUGUAUUUGUUAUAUUAUUGCAAGGGAAAGGCCAGAACAGCAAUUGAAUCUUGCGUUUCUUUGCCCAGUGAUUUGGGCUAUGAUAGGGCUAAACGAAUUUUGUAUGAUUUAUUUGGUAAAGAACAUCUUGUUGCACGAGAACUAAUUAUUGAGUUAUUAAACCAUAAACCUGUCGGAGGAUCGGCUGACGUAUUAACUGACUUUGCGAUUAAGUUGCGUAAUGUAUGUAUAACGUUGAAGCAAAUGGGAUAUAUGUCUGACGUUAAUUCUACGGCUAAUUUGGAGGUAAUAGUUUCUUGCCUACCUCUAGAAUUGCAGAAUAAGGGGGUGGAAGUCGCCGAUAAAAUCAUGAUGCAUGGGAAGGAGCCGAGCUUUGAAGAAUUUGUGGUCUUUGUAGAAGAGAGGGCCAGAAUUGCCCGAACCCGUUAUGGUAGAUUAGUACAGUGUAACUCAAGGUUGGGUAAAAGGAAUUCUGAAGGCCAAGCUGAUAGGAGAUCACGCUUUCAUGCAAUUAGACGAGACCCAAAUAGCUCAGUCAAGGUAUCACGUUGUGAAAUCUGCGAAGGUGAUCAUGAGGUGACAAAUUGUCCAAGAUUAUCAAAAAUGAAUGUAAGAGAAAGGAGGCAGGAGGUAAGAAAACGUGGUCUAUGUUACUUAUGUUUGAGGAAAGGUCACAUAGCUAUGACAUGCAACUCAGGCAUCAAGUGCGACGUUGAGAAUUGCAAGGUUAGGCAUAAUUCAUUAUUGCAUAUUGCUAGUAUUGAUAACCAUGUGGUGAACCUAGCUAAGGAUUGGAACUCUUCAAAGGUUUGUUUGGGGAUCGUUCCAGUCAGACUAUACGGUCCCAAAGGAUGUUUGGAAACAUAUGCACUUCUUGAUAGUGGUUCGGACACUUCUCUUGUAUGUGAAGAAUUAAUUAAUCAGUUGGGUAUCAAAGGUAAAGAGACUUCGAUAAGGGUGGCGACUGUGAACGGAACUACCAAUUGUGAUUGUUUGGAGGUAAAUUUAGAGGUAUUUUCAUUAGAUGAACAGGGUUCUAUAAGGAUCAGCAAGGUUUACACGACCAAGAAACUUCCAAUCGAUCAUGCAACACCUUUAACCGAACUCCAACUGAAACGGUGGAAUCAUCUAAAGGACAUAACCCUUCCGAGGUUGCAAAGUAAUUUUGUAGGAAUAUUGAUUGGGGUGUGAUGCUCCGGAUGCACAUUGGGUCCUGGAACAACGUCUGGGGGACAGGAAGAAUCCGUUUGCUGUGCGUACUCAUCUUGGUUGGAUGAUUAUAGGUCCUAAGGGAGUAUCAAGGUCUCUACAUCAAGUUCAGUGGUGACAUUGUUGCACUAAUGAUAUUUUGCGAGAUUUAGAAAGACUAUAUAAUCAUGAGUUCGAGGAUGCAGAUACGUUUCGUAAUGGAUAUUCUGUCGAAGAUAAAAAAGCUCUAGAAAUAGUUAACAGUUCGUUUAGAUUGGAGAGUGGUCAUUUCCAAGUUGGUCUACCAUGGAAGUAUGAUAAGCCAAGACUACCGAAUAAUUUGGAACUGGCUAAACGCAGAUUAGAAUGCCUAAGGAAGAGGUUUAUGAAAGAUAACAGUCUUUUGGAGAAAUAUCAAGUUGUGAUGAAUAAACAUUUAAGUAAGGGCUACAUCAUUGAAGCUAGUGAAGAGGGAUUUGACUGUGAUGCUGUUUGUUGGUAUAUUCCUCAUCAUCCUGUUAUCAACCCUAAAAAGCCUGGAAAAUUAAGAAUUGUUUUUGAUUGUGCGGCUGUCUAUCAGGGUUGUUCUCUUAAUGACCAGCUUUUGAGAGGACCGAAUACUGUAAAUAGUUUAAUUGGUGUACUUCUACGAUUCAGAAUAGGUAACGUAGCAUUAGCUGCUGAUAUCGAAGAGAUGUUUCUUCAAGUAAAAAUUCCGAGACAAGACAGGGGAGCAUUUCGUCUAUUGUGGUGGGAAGACGGUGAUAUACGACGAACGGCUAAGGAAUAUUGUUUAACAGUUCAUCCGUUUGGAGCCGUGUCCUCUCCCUUUUGCGCUAAUUUCGCUCUUAAGAAGACGGUAGAUAUAUUCGGUAAGGAAUUCAAUGAAGAUAUCCAGGAUGUCGUAGAUAGGAGUUUCUAUGUCGACGACUAUUUAGCCUCUAUUGAUAAUGUACAGGAUGCAAUUGAGCUGGCAAAGGCCCUUGGUUCUCUCCUCAGAAAAGGUGGGUUUAGACUUACCAAGUGGAUAAGUAACUGUUUACAAGUUCUCGAAUCAAUUCAUCCAGAAGAGAAAGCAGAAGCCGUAAGAGAGAUUGACUUUGAAAGAUUUCCUACGGAACGCACGUUGGGAUUAUUUUGGAAUACUAUGGUUGAUUCGUUUGAAUUUAAAGUUCGCAUACCGAAACGCCCCCUCACUAGGCGUGGUAUAUUGUCAAGUGUAGCCUCACUUUACGAUCCUCUGGGAUUGGUAGCACCGUUUAUACUUCCCAUGAAGCAGUUACUUCAGCGUUUAGGUAAAUUGGGACUAGGAUGGGACGAAGAGAUUCCAAAUGAGGAAAGCAAACGUUGGUUAGAGAUUUUAAGUGAAUUUAAAAGGGUUGAGAACGUUAGUUUUCCACGUUGUGUAUUGUUUCCUCAAUCAGAUCGUUCGCUCCUGGAACUUCAUAUUUUCAGUGAUGCAUCGGAAACUGGAUAUGGUGCAGUAGCAUACGUCCGCUCUUACAAUUUUGACACUGAGAUAUGUUCUCGUCUUGUUAUGGCUAAGGCAAGGGUAGCCCCCUUGAAGGUCCAAACUAUACCGCGCUUGGAACUGUCGGCAGCAGUUUUAGCAGCUCACAUGGGAUACCAGCUGCAGUCAGAAUUAGACAUUAAGUUUGCAGAGGUUAAUUUUUGGACGGAUUCCAUGAUUGUCUUACACUAUAUUAGAA